UUUCAUUCAAUCAUAGCUAUUUUUUUAAUUGCGUUUUCUGUGUUGUGUGUGAAUCUAUAUUAAACAAAAAAUAUUAAUUAGUAUGAGUAAAAGUGCAAAAAUCUGUGUGAUUGUCAUAUGUAUAUAAACUAUGUACAUACGGCGAACCUUUAAAACGGAAUAAUGAUCUCGCGUUGAAAGAAAAAUUGAGUCAUUCUAAGUGAAUGCUGACCAUGAGAUAUUUUGAUUUCCUAUUCACUCAUAAUAGAAACAAUAACAAGAAUCUUUAAUACAAUGUUUAAAUAAACAAACGAAAGCACAAAUUAAUUAACAAAAGCAAUAGAAUUAGCAACAAUCGCAAUAUAGUUAUAGUGUUUUAACAGCUGUUUAAAACUUGAAAACAAUGGAUUCUGAAUUUUCCGAGGACGAUGUUCAACCUCUUAUUCAAUAUGAGAAUAAUAGAGAUUUAUAUUUGGAACUCACUGCACAGAAAAUCAAUACUGAUCCUGAAUUUGUACAGGUGGUAUACGGUUACCGCAAAAGCAGAUGGCGGACGGUCCUCACAUAUACACUAUCGUGCAUAUUCAUCGGGCUACCUUUCUUGGUCUUCCACUGGCUUCCCACGUGGCUGCUGUAUGCUACCUGCGUCAGAUGCUCCUUCCAGAUAGCUGAUAGAGUCCUAGUUGUUGAAACAUAUCAAAAGAAGUGCAAAAGUUACUACAUACAUUUAAUAUUACACAAAGAUAUUGCUGAUACGAGUGGUCUUCUCAACGAAGGCUUUGACGACGAUGGCACCAAAGAGAAGGGCCCCAUUGAGAGUGCGGAUGCUAUACAUACGCCCAUACAUUUGGAUGACGGAUCCACACUAAACGUACAAAACUACAGAUACUUCCGUCACAAGAAGCAGUCGCUAAUAUGGGACGGUGCGCGGGCGCAGUGGUCGCGACUGGCCGGCAUCGAGGCCGGAGCCACCUGUGCCCAACUACAGGCCAUGGGCGCUACCCCGCCGUCCAGCGAGCGACGGGUCAGGAUGUUAAACAUCUACGGCCUAAACGAGAUAAAAGUGCCGGUCCAAUCAGUGAUGACGCUAAUAAUUCUGGAAGUCUUCAACCCUUUCUACGUGUUCCAACUGUUCACGAUAGCAGUUUGGCUAGCCGAACCGUAUUACUAUUAUUGCAUAGCCGUGGUUCUGAUGUCGACUUUCGGUGUGGCCACUUCUGUUAUACAGACUAAGAAGAACCAAACAAAUCUCCGCGCGACAGUAGAAGCCCACGACACAGUAGAGCUAUGGGACGGCAGACGGGUGGACAGCCGCUGUGUGUCCCCCGGGGACAUCAUAGUCCUGCCCCCUAGGGGGUGUGUGCUGCACUUCGAUGCUGCACUGCUGUCGGGGGCUGCAGUGUUGAAUGAGAGUAUGCUUACUGGUGAAUCAGUACCGGUAACCAAAACAGCGUUGCUCCGAGUGGAUCGUCCGUUUGACCUGAAGGAACAUGCUUCCUCGGUACUGUUCUGCGGCACUCGCGUUAUACAGACACGAUACUACAAUAAUGAACCGGUCAAGGCUCUAGUGCUCCGCACUGGGUACAGCACGAGCAAGGGGCAGCUAGUUCGCAGCAUCCUAUACCCGGUGCCAGCCGACUUCAAGUUCGACCGUGACUCCUACAAGUUUAUCAUCAUAUUGGCUUGCAUCGCUGUGCUGGGGCUGGCUUAUACUGUCGCUCUUAAGGCCUACCGCUCACUGCGACCAGGCGACAUAGCAAUAAAAGCUCUAGACAUUAUCACGAUAGUAAUACCGCCGGCGCUGCCGGCCGCCAUGACAGUGGGUCGGCUGUACGCCGUCGCCCGGCUCAAGCGAGGCCGCAUCGCCUGUCUCAACACUAGAGCUGUUAAUGUUAGCGGCUCCAUAGACUGUGUGUGCUUUGAUAAGACGGGAACUCUAACAGAAGACGGUCUAGACAUGUGGGGUAUAGUCGCAGUAAGUGGAGCCACGAGCCCCCCUCGGCUCGGCAGACCCCAGCGAGACCCCCGACAGCUCAACGAGUUGCACCCCCUUAAGAUGGGGAUGGCGACCUGCCAUAGUUUGACGUUGUUGGACGGCGAGCUGGCUGGAGAUCCAUUGGAUUUGAAGAUGUUCGAGUCAACAGGCUGGUUGUUAGAAGAGCCAGAUAUUCCAGAAGCUUCUAACUACGAGAUACUGACUCCUACCAUCGUCAAGCCGAGGAAAACUGCUAAUAUUGACGUCGAUGAUAUACAUCUACCUCUAGAAGUGGGUAUAGUACAACAGCAUCAGUUUGUGUCAUCUUUACAACGCUCGUCCGUAGUGACAAGAGUUUUGGGAGAAGAUGUCUUGAGGGUGUACACUAAAGGAGCUCCUGAGAUGCUGAGGAAGUUGUGUUUACCUGAAACUGUGCCGGAUAACUUGUACGAGGUGCUGAACUCGUACGCGGAGAAGGGUUACCGAGUGAUCGCGGUGGCCACCCGCGUCAUGGAGACUACCUUCAAGCAGCUGCAGAAGAUGACCAGGGAAGAGGUGGAACGCGACCUAGAGUUCCUGGGCCUGGUCAUCAUGGAGAACCGGCUGAAGGCAGCCACCACCGGCAUCAUACGAGAACUCAAAGAGGCCAACAUUCACGUCGUUAUGAUUACCGGUGACAAUGUCCUAACAGCUGUCAGCGUGGCGAAGGAAUGUGGUAUCCUGAUGGGAGAGGAACGUGUGGUCACCCUAAUGGCUGACACGAGCGGGACUGUCCCCGUUAUAUAUUGCGAGAGCACGUUGCAUGGGGCAUCAGUGGGCCGCCGCUUCCCUCUAGACCGGGAAUGGCGCAGCGUAGACAGCGGCCGAGGUUCGUGGCGCUCGGCGUCCGCCUCCGCCGACCGCUCCGGACACUCCGCCUUAACCGGACAGGCUCCGGACGGGUACUAUGAUGCCGAGACUGGGGGGAACGAGCCGAGGUACAAGAUUGUUAUGACUGGUGAUACUUGGAAGGUACUUCGCGAGCACUAUCCAAACGUAUUAUCCCGCGUGGUAGCCCGCGGCGCCGUGUUCGCGCGCAUGACGUCCGACCAGAAACAACAGCUCAUUGUCGAGUACCAGGCCUUAGGUUACUAUGUUGGCAUGUGCGGCGACGGCGCGAACGAUUGCGGAGCCCUACGCGCCGCUCACACCGGCAUCUCCCUCUCGGAACUCGAGUCCAGCGUCGCAGCACCCUUUACAUCAGCCCACCCGGACAUCGUCUGCGUCUCCCGGGUGCUCCGCGAAGGUCGAGCAGCCCUCUCCACGUCUUUCGGAGUCUUCAAAUUCAUGGUAGCCUACUCCCUAUCAGAAUUCUUCUCUGUAGCUUUCCUAUACUAUUUCGAUUCAAAUCUCACUGACUUCCAAUUUCUAUUCAUAGAUGUCGUCCUUAUAGUCAAUUUUGCCUUCUUUUUUGGUAUGACUGAAGCUUAUACGGGUAAACUUUGUAAGACUCCACAUUUGACGUCUUUGCUAGGUCUGAUACCUCUCUUUUCGUUGUUGGGACAAAUGUUCUUGAUUGGGCUAGGACAGUAUUUGAGUUAUUAUGCCUUAUCCUUGUUCCCGUGGUAUGAAAGGCAUACGUAUGAAGGUGACGAAGCGAACGAAUGCUGGGAGAAUUAUGCAGUGUUCUGUAUUUCUAUGUUCCAAUAUAUUAUUUUGGCUCUAGUUUUCAGUCACGGGUCUCCAUAUAGAAAGUCGGUAUUAACAAAUAAACAGCUAAUGAUAAGUAUAUUAAUAAUGACAUGUAUUUGUGUGUACAUAACUGUCUGGCCGGCGGAUUGGAUCGCUCGUUUCCUACAACUUCGAAUGCCGAAAGAUACGUUACUAUCCUACAUAAUACUGGCUUUAGCUUCAUUCCAGCUGCUCAUAGCUCUAUUUUUCGAAAGAAUAAUUAUAGAAUACUUGAUGGAAGGCAAAGAGAUGAUACCUAAGUUCCUAAAAGAGAAGAGAGUGAGAAAGACUCCAUAUUUGAUGAUCAAACGUCAAUUAACAGAUAUGGAUUAUCUGGACUGCGACAGUAUUGUAAAAUAUGAUAAAGAAACGAGCGAUUCCGCAUUCGAUUCUUCUGGUAAAGGUAGCUGAAAUAUGCCUUUCUUUAGUUAUUUAAAGGACUCGAUAUUUAUGGUAGUCAAAUGUGAUGUUUUCUUACCAAAUUGAUCUUAGGAACAACGCCUUAAUUCUGAGCGUUGGGAAACUACACUACAUUUGAGCAGGCACUUACUUUUUACUACUGACUUUUUAUAUAAAAAAAUAAAAUACUGGUAAAAAUGAAUAGUAUCAUUCUCAAUUUCUUCACUAUUUUAAUCUGUAGUUUAUUUGUUUCAUAUGUAUUUGAGUGAAAUGUUAUAUCAAGAUACCUUUAUCUUUUGUUAUCUUUACCUUUACCUUUUGUUACCAAGUUACCUUUUGUUAAAUACCUACUCGAAUGAAGUAUAGUAAAAUUUAGAAUUUUUAGUUCAAAAAGUUUUACAAAGUGUAAUUUGUAUAUAGGCAUAGAAUCAUCUCAGCUUGUAGUUGAAUUGGUGUUUAGAAAAUAUUAUAAUACAUAUCGAUAUUAUGAACUUUCAAUGCAAUCAGAAUGAUAGAUCAAUUAUUAUAAUAUUUUAGUUUUGUAAGCGAAUUGAAAUGUGAAAGCCGAUCCCAAAGGGUAUUUUUAUAAUUAUGAUUCUUAUGAUAUUAUAAAGAACAUAUCAUGUUUCUGGCACGCCAUUUUUUAUCGAUAUAUCGAUACUUUUUAGUGAUGUUCCUCUCUGUUAAACAAUGUUUAAUUGCUACUAUAAGCAUUUUUUUUGUCUUUUAUUAAACUUAAUCGUAAGUUGAAAUAUGAAAUUAAACAAAAAGAUAUUAAGCACGAUAUUUUAAAAGAUAUUAAUUUUGAGAUAUAAUCAAAUCACCAAAGUGCCUUUUUGUGGUUUCAAAACAAUGUUGAACAUUAACAGCCUUACUACAAAACGUUAAACAUCGGUUGAAAACUUGUCUAAAAAAGUUAGGCUGCAAAAUGGAUCUUAUUUCAACGUCAUAAGCUGUCAUUUUUUUAGACAAGUAUUCAACAGAUGUUUAAGUUUUUGUAGUAAGUCUGUAAGUAUGUAUAUUAUGAAUUAAGUUAAAAAUAUAUUUUUAAGUAUGUAUUUCGUAAAAAAUGCAGCGUAUCUCAAAUCUAUGGUGCUGUGAAUGUUGUGUUCACAAAAUGCAUUUCUUAAUGCACACACAAAUGCAAUUAUAUGCAUUUUUCUUUUUUACUAUUUACAGUAUUUCUUUACCUUGCCAAGCUUUUCUUGAAAAGCGAAAUAUUUUAUUUCUUUGUACUUCUUUUUACAUUUUUCAUGUAAGUGUCAAUUAUUUGUAUGUAUAUUUUGUAAUUAUGGUACCGUAGGUAUGUUUUGUGCAGUUAACAGCUGUCAGUUUUUCAAGGAAAAAUACCGUGGUUUAUAUUAAAAAACGUUCGGUAUAUACACAAAUUACUUUUUGAUUUUCUUAUGUAAAUUGUUCUCUCAUUUAUAUAUUUUUCUUAAUGAUUUUGUGUCUUCACGAUGUUAUUUCUUAAGUAGUGUAAUUUAAUUUAUAAGCACAAUGUGAUAACAAAAUAGUAUGUGCCUUACUAAUGUAAGUAAAACAUUCCGAUUAUAUGGUAUAAUCAUCGGCACGAAUCUUGAGCGCUGACCUUCACCUGCGCAGAAGUAAUUUAUUGGGUCCCUUUUGUGGUAUGAAGUGAGGCGCGGGGGCGGGCUAAGCGGUGAUUGGCCCGCAGUGCAUCGCGUCAUAGCCGUCACUCGGGAUUGGUUCUUUGCUAAUAAAUCACUUCUGCGCAGGUAAAGGUCAGCGCUCAAGAUUCGUGCCGAUGAUUCUACUUUAAGUAGGUACCAAAAUCUUAGGUGAUUAGAUAAAAAUGAAUGCAAGUGAGCUUAAGUUACCAAUAAUUGUUGAUUUUCAAUUGAAUAUGUCAAGUUUAUAUUUACAAAAGAAAUAUAUGAUGUUAUGAGAUGUGUGAGUUCACCGUAAGUUCGUGCACAUUUUGUAAAUAAAAUGAAAUAUUUAACUUGUACUAAAAUUAUGUGCGUGGCAUUUUAUAUAAGUGAUGAAAUUCUGUUAUUUGUACAUCUUGUUACAGAAACUUAAAUUUUAAUAGGUACAUUUGGUAUUGUUAUUCAUAAUUGUAAUUGAAUAAUUGUGAAUAUAAUGUGAAUAAGUAUAGAUAUCAAAUAUAUGAAUCAAAAUGAGAUAUUCGCAGUAAGUGUUAGAUUAUAUGUACCGUCGAAUGUACGCGAGAAUGUUUUCAAUAAAUCAUUUCUAUUUA